AUGCGAUUGCCAGACUCGAUACAACGCCUGCAUAUGCCCGCUUCACUAACCUCAAGACGCGCCCUGCAUACCAAGCAGCGCAGUCUACCAGCCGCCUACUACCGCGGGGGAACCUCGCGCGCCGUGUUGUUUAAACAGGAAGAUCUUCCACACGAUCGAAAAGACUGGAACUCAAUCUUCCGCGGUGUCAUCGGCAGCCCAGAUCCAUAUGGCCGGCAGCUUGACGGGCUGGGAGGCGGCAUCUCCAGCCUCUCUAAGGUGUGCGUGGUUGGCAAAUCCACCCACCGCGACGCAGAUAUCGACUACACCUUUGUGUCGCUAGGCAUCAAGAAUACAGAGGUAGACUAUUCCAGCAAUUGCGGGAACAUGAGUAGUGCCAUUGGGCCAUUUGCUAUUGAUUCGAGGCUGUUCCCCUUGGAGAGGAAUCACGGCAACGUCUCGAUUCGCAUUCACAACACCAAUACCGGGAAGAUCAUCCAUUCAUCCUUCCCUGUCGUUGAUGGUGAAGCUGCUGCAGAUGGCGACUUCUCUAUUGAUGGAGUUGCUGGCACUGCGGCGCGCGUACAGCUGGACUUUAUUAACCCCGCCGGCUCGGUUACGGGGAAACUGCUGCCCACAGGGAAUGUGACAGACACCAUCGAUGGUGUUUUAGCGACGUGCAUAGAUGCCGCGAACCCUUGCGUAUUUGUUCGCGCUGAAGAUCUCGGCCUGGAGGGCAAUUUGACACCGGACGAGAUUACCGCCCAUUCCGGUCUUCUUACACGCUUGGAUUCGAUCCGUCGCCAGGCUGGCGUCAAGAUGGGCCUUGCGCAUACCCUUGCUGCGGUCACGGGGAGCAUACCCAAGAUUGCGAUAGUUGCGGAGCCAUCUGCAACUGAUCAUCGAGAUGUAGAACCGAAGCAGACUUCUGCCGAGGUGGAUCUUCUCGCUCGUGCUCUUUCUGUGGGACAACCACACAAGGCCGUUCCCAUUACCGUUGCUCUGGCACUAGCUGCCGCUGCACGAGUCCCUGGAAGUACUGUUGCAGAGAUUGUCGCAGGGAAGGAGCCCAUUAAUGAUGCAGGCAUCACAAUUGGGCACGCAAGUGGAAAUCUUCUGGUGGGUGCCAACUUCGAAGAAAACGGCACCCUCGCCGCUGCAACAGUGUUUCGUACAGCUCGCCGACUUUUCGAGGGUCGGAUCUUCUGGAAGAGCGAAAGAUCAAAUUGA